AUGGCAAAAUCAACAUCAGACAUCUUCAUGAGCAUAAAACCAGGGCACAUGCAAAACAUAGCCUCAGGGUCCAAAAACCACGAAUACCGCGGCUAUCUCCUUCCGUCAAGCAUCAAGCACAUCUGGUUCUACACCACAAGCCCUAUUCAACGAAUCGAAUACGUGGCUCGUAUUUCUCCAGGUAAAAUCCCAGGAGAAGUUCCCGGCGACGGAGGUUUUGGCAAUGCGGAGUUCAAUGCCGGGUUGAAAGUAUCCAAGUACGGAUAUGAGAUUCUCGCACUGUGGAGGUUGAAGAUGCCCGUUAGCUUGGAGAAGGCCCUUGUUGAGGGAUUCUUGAAGGGCGCGCCACAGAAGUAUUGUUGGGUUUCUUUGGAUUGCUUAGGGGGGGUUUCUGCUGGAUGGGCAGGAUUUGUUGUUUUCAAAGACGGAUGGUUUGCAGUUUAG